AUGGUCAGCAAGAAAGAACGCAACUGGAUAGUGAAUGAGUGCCGGUGUAUGCAAGCUAGGGCUCACACACAUAUCUACAAACGGAGUAAACCAAAGCAUUUUAGCAACUUUUCAGAAAACACAAGCACGUUUUCAAGCCCAAAUCGCCAACUCCGGCACAGCUAUGCCAAGCUUUUGUGUCGCAAGACAAAAGCUCAGCUGUCAGGAAACCGAGGAGCCAUCGGAAAAGGAGGAAAUGCCGCGGCGGGGCCUGGGCGGCUCUCGGAAAACCCGUCCUCCAUCCCGUCCGGGCCUCUGCCCAGCCCGCACAUGCAGGCUCCACCCCGAGAGGAGCCGGCAGGUGACAGCGGGGCCCGCUCCGAGGGUCCACCCGGCCGGCCCCGAGGGUCCACCCCGGCCCCUGGCCCGCCCCGAGGGUCCACCCCGGCCCCGGGCCCGCCCCGAGGGUCCACCCCGGCUGCCCAGCAGCCCACCCCGGCCUCGAGCCCCACCCCGGCCCCGAGCCCACCCACCCCGAGGGUCCACCCGGCCCACCCCGAGGGUCCACCCGGCCCCCCGGCCCCCCGGCAGCCCACCCCGGCCUCGAGCCCCACCCCGGCCCCGCUCUGGAGGUCCAGCCCGGCCCACCCCGGCCCCGGGCGGCCCCACCGGGCCUCGAGCCCCACCCCGGCGCCGCCAGGCCGGGCUGCACAGGCCCUGGAAGGCCCGGCCAGCCCUCACCUCCGCCUCAUGGUAUCCCGGCGCAGAGCGACGCGCGCCCGGUCGCCGACGGUGUCGCUCGGAGUCCCUCGGCGUCCUGGCCGGGCCUCACUCACAGCCAUUCAAACGCCGCCGUGCGCGCGGCCCGCCGGGAUAGCUCCCCUUGGGGCGUCGCGCAGGUCCGCCCACGCUGGCUCCGCCCCUCUCGCGGGUCACGGAGCACAGGCGUGA